AUGGCAUCCAGUCCAGCAUUCUCAAUCUUCCCCAAGGCCCAGUCGGAAUACAAGAUUCCGCUACUGGCCGGUGACAAUGCCUACCUCGGCGAUCUGUUCUCAUCAGACAAGACCGGCGCCGAGAGCCCCAUAUCUGCCGGCCUCUACAGGCUAGAGAAGGGAGAGCCUCUAAAGUACACAUACACCUACGACGAGAUGAAGAUCAUUCUCGAGGGAGACUUCACUAUCUCGGAUGAAACUGGUCAGGAGGUGACAGCUAGUCCUGGCGAUGUUUUCUUCUUCCCGAAGGGAUCAGUCAUCACUUUUACCACAUCGAACUAUGGGCUGGCGUUUUACUGCGGUCAGAGAAAGCAUAGUGCAUUUUAA